AUGGUUGGGGCUGGAGGCUAUGGGGGACCCGGGGAUGGGGCCCCCAACGGCGGCCAACCUCAGGGAACUGAAUACACACUACAAGGCGUCAUGCGCUUCCUGCAGACAGAAUGGCACCGACACGAGCGAGACCGCAAUGCGUGGGAGAUCGAGCGCGCAGAGAUGAAGUCUCGCAUAGGCAAGUUGGAAGGUGACGUGCGAACGAGCAAGCGUCUACACGAGUCCUUGGGGAAGCAUGUCAGGCUACUUGAAGCCGCGCUAAAGAAGGAGCGUGAAAAGGUCAAGAAGCUUAGCAACAACGAGAAAGUGGAAGAUACUAGGGAUCCCAAGGAGAUUGCUCGGGAGAGUAUGAAUUCUUUGAAAUCUCAACGUCCUAAACCGCUCAUGGACUUCGGCGAAGCCGAACUGAACGAUAAUCAGCCUGACUUCCGGCAAGAAAGCGAACGGGAUAAAUCGCGCCUUUAUCUGUCAAAAUGCUCGCAAGAAGUAGCUUACCACGUUAUACCUGCAUCGCAUCCCCCCCCUGAUCUCGGCGACCCGGAUCUCCCUAACCAUAUCUACGGAAACCAACAAAUGUCUCACCAAGCCCUAGAGGAAGCUUAUCACCUACAGCAGCAACGACAGAAGCAACAACAACAACAGCAGGCAAAUCAUAUGAUGGCACGGGAGGUAUCUCUGCAGAAUCACCAGCCCAUCGUGGCUCAAUAUCCCGAAGGUUCGGGGUUAUCUCGCCCACCAAAUCAGUUUGGUCUGCCGCCGGGUUCUAGAGAAGCUUUGGAGAGGAAGCCUUUGGAGCCGCAGCAGACCCCUGCCACCGCUGUUGACAGUAGAAAGCAGGUUCCCGAACAUACAGCUGUGGAUGAGCGCACUGGUGCUGAGAAGCAAGUGUAUGACGUGUAUUGUGAACAAGGAGCAGCUAAAGAGGAGGGAAAGCCACAACAAACAGAGCAACAUCAAGAGGACCCGGACGGUUGGAAUUUUGACGAACCGUCCGAGCAAGAGCCGCCGACUGAACCGAUGCCGCCUCAUCGGCCAGAUGUGGAUGCCUUUCCUAACGCUAAUUUUGUUCGAUCGAAGUCUCCUACACGAACGGGGUCCCUAUCUCAUAGACGGAAAAGCUCGGGUGCUAGGAGUAAGAGCGAUGGAUUGAGCGAUAGUAGUGGAGGAGCAGGCCAGAAGCAGGAUUCUAACUUCAAAGUUAGAUUUGCUCUGCGUGGACACCUGGAUGUCGUCCGCUCGGUGAUUUUCACUGGUGGUGGUAGUCCUUCAGAGCCCGAAAUCUGUACCUGUAGUGACGACGGAACAAUCAAGCGAUGGAUCAUUCCAGCAACCUACGGUAAUUUUGGCGCGCAUAAUGCCAACACCAGCAAUGAUCUGGAUAUAACAAGCUAUUUCACACACAGAGGGCACGUUGGUGCUGUCACAGCGUUGACCGCAUGCUCUCCUUCCCGAGAUUUUUCGAACGGUGGCCGCGCUUUGGGUGAUGGCUGGGUGUUCUCUGGUGGCCAGGACGCCAGUGUACGGGUCUGGGAACGAGGAAGGAUUGACCCCAAGGCCACACUGGAUGGGCAUACUGAUGCCGUAUGGGGUCUUUGUGUUCUUCCUGGAACUACCGGUUCCGUAUUUGGGGACUCUUGUGGUCACUAUGGGGGCCCCGAUCGAGUCUUGUUGGCAUCGGGUGCCGCGGACGGCCAGAUAUUGAUAUGGGCAGUUAGCGCUCCUCCCCAACUCUCAUCACCUCAAGCAGGAUCUCGACGAGCUGGGGGCAGCCGGAGGGCUAACUCGAUCUCGUCUGGUUCCAAUUUCCCCUCUUCCCCUCAACCAAGCAUGGCUACUUCAACGCCAUUCCAUUAUACUCUUAUCCACAAGAUCACAAGAAAGGAUUCUCCAUCGCCAACAUGCAUAAGCCCCUUGUCUCUUGCCGGCGUCAACUUUGUGGUGUCAUUCUCAGACGCUUCGAUUAUUGUCUACGAUACGAGGACCGGUGAGGAGAUUGUGGGAAUGGCGAGUCUGGAGACGUACGAUGGCACACCUUCCACCGGCGUUAACUCCGUUGUGGCAACUACAGUUGGAUUUGAUGGGACUGCGGGCCUGGAUCCCAGUCGCAUCUCAGGUGAAGAAGAGGUUGUUCACGGUGCUACGGGCUCGAGUGGUGUGGAGGGUGUUAUCAUAAGUGGCUACGAAGACCGAUACAUUCGUCUUUUUGAUGCUAACAGUGGACAAUGUACGUACACUAUGUUGGCGCACCCGUCAGCGAUAGCAUCACUCUCCUUAUCUCCAGAUGGACGCGAACUGGUGUCAGCCGGCCAUGAUGCCAGUCUACGGUUCUGGAAUCUUGAGAAACGUAGCUGCACCCAAGAAAUCACUAGCCACCGGUUGAUGCGUGGUGAGGGCGUGUGCUCCGCCGUCUGGAGUCGCGAUGGCCGUUGGGUCGUUAGCGGCGGCGGCGAUGGUCUGGUCAAGGUCUUCUCGAGGUAAUACUUCGAGAUAACGCGGGCUCCUACUGUUGAUGUAUGAUUUUAUUUUUAUAUUCGAGCUGAUAUUCUUCUUAUGCCGUAUUUCUUGGACGCAUGAAUGGAUGAGCGCUUGGCGAAUUCUUGAGCAUUUGCAAUGGUCUCUUACCUGGCAUAUGUUCCUUUCUACACGUGUGGUUAUAGUUUCCCUCUUAUCUUUCAUAAUCCGCUAUUUUCUCCAUUUCUCCUAAACAUAUCCACCCCUGCAUUGUUGCUGUUCCUACCCGGUUUUAUAUGAAAUGACAAAGGGUGCCCUAUGUACUCUAGAGCUUUCAUUGUCUUGUUCACGUCAAUCCGAGAUUAUCGUUUGCGUUUCAUGUAUCCCUGUGGUCCGUUUUUCUUUGGGGUGCUUUGGCAUCAUGAUGUCUGCUGGCUAUAAUGCCACACCCGAAGGUCGCCCAUCUUUCAAUAUCCUAUUAGCUGUCUUAAAUCAUGAUGGUUCGCGCUUGCACUUUCAACCUCAUGCCCUGUGAUAUAGUUCUUUUCAUCUUCCCCUUCCUGUGAACCCUUCUCUGAUCCCGUCGUCCCCUUUACCCUGGCUGAUACAGUUGAGAGUUGUGAGGGACUAAGUUUACGGCAACUGGGCAAUCAGGAUGUGAUUCUUUCUUAGCUAGUUAUAGAAUACCUCCAUCAAUGCUAUUAUUACACUCAAUCCUU